AUGUCUCAGAUGUUGGCCCCGCGACCACCCCCCGGCGGCGAGCCUCCCCAAGAGCCUCCAUCGUCUCAGCGCCCCCGAAAAAUAUCCACUGCCUGCGGUGCCUGCAAGCAGAGGAAAACAAAGGUAUCUAGCGCACUCGGAGCGUUCACCAGCUGCUCGUCUAACCCGAACCAGUGCUCUGGAGGCAACCCUUGCGAGGCGUGUGCCGCGAGAAAAAGUCUAUGCGUUUACGACGCGACUUCUGACCAGCGACGGAAGAUUGCGAAUCAUCGAACUGCCCAAGAACUCGCAGAUAAACAACUUGCCCUCGAGCGACACCAGCAACUUCUGGGAGGAAUCAUCGCAACCGUGCGAGCCGGCGGUUUCAAUGCGACCGAGGACUUGCUCCGUGUUAUACGCUCAGGCGUCGAACUGUCGCAACUGGCCGCCCACGUGCGAAACGAAUGUCGAGCUAACAUCGCGAUCCAGCAGGCUUUCGAGCAGAUUGAUUUCGUCAUCGAUGGAGGCACAGAAUUACCCUCGCCAGCUCAAAUGCAAGUUUUACCAAGCGAGGAUUCCCGAGGAUCAGAAGAACAAAGUGACACUAGUUCCGUGAGAUUUCCUUCUAGCGACCAACCGAAGAUGGACCAUCUAAGACUCCCGCGCUGA